GAGAGGGAGGGCUUGAACCGUUUUUUUAGAAGAUCUGUGAUCUUCUUGGCAGUCCUGAAGGCUAGCUGUGUGAAGGGGGAAGGAGUGCAGGAGAGGAGGGCGGCAGGCUGACCACACUGGUCUACCUCUUCCUGAAAGCAACUCCGCUCAGAGAGACAGGAAGUCGAGACACAGAAAGAGGGGAGGGGGAAAGAAAGAGUAAAAGAGAGAGAGAGAAUACUUUUCCUGUCACCAAACUUUUUGAAAACUGCGGGACUAGAGUGUGAAAAAUAAAGAUAGAGAGGAACACAGUGUGAGAUAGAAAAGGGAGAUUGAGAACGGAUCCAAGGACAUGGAGGAGUUCUCAGGCUACCAUCAUGGAUUGUUCCAGUGGAGUUGUGUGUGACUGACAGAGGGGGUUGCUUUGAAGACGGACAUUAGGAAAGAGUUUGAGUACGAACGACAGAAUGAUGAAAACAGCUGUUCUCUCUCAGGAGACCGCAUCUACUGGGGUGAAUGCUGAGGCUCGCUCCCCACCUAGACCCCCCCUCACCCCUACCUUAUCUUCAGGAUCAACAGUACUAUUCCCCCCUCCCAGACCUGCCCUCUCCUCAGGACCACCCCUGAUGGCUCCUCCGACUCUCCCCUCCAAACCCUCCGGGUCAGGGGGUGGCCCUGACCCAACUCCCCCUGACCCAACUGACCCAACUCCACCUGUCUGCCUGGACUCCUCCCCACUCCUCCCUUCACCCCUCAUACCCUCCUCACCCUCCUCACCCACACCGCCCCUCCAUUCAGCUUCUGAACCACUCCCUUCUCAAAUUGACUUGGCCAUUGAUGCCAGUGACGCAACUGAUGUCCCCAAUGCCGCUGUCCCUAAGGAAUGUACUCCCCCCUUAUCCAGACCCCUAGUCCUUGAUGUCCCCAAUGCCGCUGUCCCUAAGGAAUGUACUCCCCCCUUAUCCAGACCCCUAGUCCUUGAUGUCCCGGAUAUCUCUACUUCCACCCUUGUCACAUCACUACCCCCUCAAGUCUUAGAGACAUCUACUCCCCCACUCCCCACACCCCUGGUACCUGAUGUCCCAGAGACAUCUACUCCUCCCCUCCCCACACCAGUACCCCCUCAAGUCUCAGAGCCCUCUACACCACACCUUCCUGACAUCCUGCAUGUCUCUGCUCCUCCCCUCCCCUUACAUAUGUCCUCUUCAGUCCCAGAGCUCUCCUCUUCUGAACUAACCCUACCAGCACCUUCAUCUCAGCCGGUCCCAAAGCCCUCAUCUAUGCUCAUCUCUUCUCCCACUGUAACUCCCAUCUCAAAACCCUCCUCACUUCCUAUCUCUUCUCCCCACGUACCUCCUAUAGCAAAACCCCCUCUGUCCACUCCCCCCAUUCCUCCUCUCUCAAAACCCUCCUCACUUCCUAUCUCUUCUCCCCACGUACCUCCUAUAGCAAAACCCCUCUGUCCACUCCCCCAUUCAUCCUCUCUCAAAACCCUCCGUACCUCCGUCUCCCCGUGUUCCUCCUUUCUCAAAGAUCUCCUCACCCCCUCUUCCUAGACCCCCAGCACCUCGAAAACUCUCUGGUCCACCCCAGCCGAGACCCCCAUACCUCACCCUCACUUGAAAGCCAAACCCUCCUCUCCAGCUCUCCCCAGACCCCCACUUCCAUCCAUGAAGUCCUCUUCUCCCCCUCUACCCCCCCCACUAGUCCCUCUAGCUCCCAAGCCCGCCCCAGCUUCGGCCUCAUCGACAGCCCCAUCUCCAACCCAAGCCACAGCCCCACAACCUAGCAUCAGUAUCCUGGAGAAACUGAUCAAAACUUGCCCGGUGUGGUUGCAGCUGGGUAUGGCCCAGGAGAGGACCACACUCAUGCUGAAGAAAGAAAUCCCUGGGAUAUUUUUAGUGCGUAAAAGCCACGACCAGAAAUCCAUGGUGCUGUCAGUAUGUGUAUCUGACAAGCAGGAGGAGCUUCAGGUCCAGGACAUUCUGAUUAAGGAGGAGAAGUCACUGAUGUACCUGGAAGGGUCUGUUCUGGUCUUUGACAACAUCUUCAAACUCAUGGCCUUCUACUGUGUCAGCCGGGAUAUUCUACCCUUCACCCUGAGGUUGCCUCAGGUCAUCGUCCAGGCAACCAAGUAUGAAGAUAUAGAGAUGAUAUCGACAUUAGGCUCAGAUUUCUGGGGUUCUCAGCUUCACAGCUCCUCAGAAAUGGUCAAACGUAAUGACCAGGGUCAGGGCCACAGCAGUUCAUCCUGUGAGAUCCAGCUGUCCACCGGGAAUAGUAAUGACCAUCUGUGGUACAUCAACCCCAUCUUCAUUGAGGAGUACUGCAGCAGCCUGGAGGCCUCCACCCUCGUCCCAGCUCCCAUCCACAGGAGCCAGAGUCUGAACACCCCAGGCCCGGGGCAGGUGCAGGUACCCCCCAAGUUCAAACGGCCCCCACCCAGGCCCCCAAAUGUCCCAGAGGGCUUGAUUCUGUCACAGUCGGCUAAGCAGGGUGCCAGAGGGGAAAGUGUCUCCCCCAGGUCUCCACCCCCACCGCGAACAGUAAUAGCCAAGGCAGCAGGUCAGAAAGCGGAAGGAGACAGCAGCAAAGACACUGAGGAGGGAGAAGGAGCUGCUUCUCAACUCAUCUCGGAGAAAGAGGUGUCAGUUACUGUUACUGACUCAGUAGCAGCUACUCAGCCUCUACAGCCACUGUCACCGCACAGAGCAACAGCACGACAGAAACACCCAGCACCCCGACCACCCCCACACAGGAUACCACUCGUACCCCUUCGGCGGAAACCCUCAGAGAACCGUCCCUCAAUCCCGGGACAGGAGGGCAGUGUUGGUCCAGUGCCUGUUGCUUCACUGGUCUGCAUCGAUGACACCACUAACAUGGCAGAGGAGAAGUUAGGAGUGGAAUCUCAUGCCGGUGAGACAGAGACACUGCAGAACAAAGGGACAUCAGGGGCUUCAAACAUUAGUGAGGUUGUUACCGUGGCUAUAGCCCCGCGGACGAAGAGGGCCUCACAUCCAGUCCCUCCUCCCAGGAAGAAGAAACCCUCUCAAUUCACUCCCACCACACCUCUCUCCAGAAACGUUAUAAGCGGAGGACUUCUGUCAAUCAAUUCAUCAUCGGAUACCCCCCAGAAUUCCAGCACCCCCUCGCCUGCCUCGAGCCCCACCUCCAUCCCCGUGGGGGAGGCCAGGGGGACAGAUGUGUCCUUGUACUCCCCUGAUGGGGAACCUGUCUUCCCUGCCCUGGAACAUGACUCCUACUCUACCAGCAGUACAGAGGAGGAGGCUGACACUGUGGCCAGCGGGACUGUAGGGACCGGUGGGACCAACAACACCAAGGUGUCGAUGAAGAGGACGCCUACCAUCAUGCUGGACCGAGCCAAGCUCCGCCUCUCCAGCGUGUUCACUAACUUCAUGAACACCGACCACAAGCUCCAGAAGAGAAUCCUAGAGCUGUUCAGGGACGGGAGCUCCUACUUUGGCACCCUGGUGAAGGACUACCGGGUGUAUAUCCUGGAGACCAUGGGGAAGCACAGCUCCAGCACUGAGCUGCUGCAGGAGAUCAGGCAGAUGAUGACCCAGCUAAAGAGUUACCUCAUUCAGAGCACUGAGCUACACAAUCUACUGGAGCCCAACAUCUACACAGAGGACAAAUUGGAGGUGAUUAUUGAGGCUGUCCUGUGUAAGGCUAUGCUGAAGCCUCUGAGGGAGGCUGUGUAUUCAGGCCUGAAAGACAUCCACGCCAGGGACGGCUGUCUGAAGAGACUGAGGGAGAACCAGAGUGUCGUCCUGGGUACCACCACCACAGAACUGGGGAUCACCACCAGCGUCCCAGAGACCCCUGUCAUGGAGAAGAUCCAGCUGAAGUUGAUGACCCUCCACCAGGAAUACUCCCCUCAGAAGAAGAUUGAUCUGCUCCUUAAGACCUGCAAGAUCAUCUAUGAAUCCAUGUCUAUAGGCUGUCCAUCAGGCAGAGCCUAUGGUGCAGAUGACUUCCUCCCGGUGCUGAUGUACGUCCUGGCCAGGAGCAACAUGGCCUUCCUGCUACUGGAUGUAGAGUAUAUGAUGGAGCUGAUGGACCCUGCACUGCAGCUAGGAGAGGGCUCCUACUACCUGACAACUACGUAUGGAGUGUUGGAGCACAUAAAGAACUAUGAGAAGCAGGUGGUGACACGGCAGCUCAGUCUGGAGAUCCAGAACUCUAUCCACCGCUGGGAGAAGAGACGCACCCUGAACAAAGCCAGCGUGUCACGUUCAUGUGUUCAGGACUUCAUCAAUGUGUCAUUCCUGGAGGCGGGGUGCAACACUAAGACCCUGAGGGUCCGCCCCAACACCACAGCUCAGGACCUGUGUGCCCAGUGUGCUGACAAGUUUGAGGUGGCAGAGCCAGAGUCCUACAGCCUGAGUGUGCUGGUGGAGGGCCACCACCAACUCCUGGCCCCUGAGGAGUUCCCCCUCCCCAUCAAGUCCAGUCUUCACCACAGUCAGCCCCUCAAGGAGUACUGCUUUGUCUACCGGCCUGGAAGGACAGAGUCAGAAGGACCGGAGUCAGAAGGACCGGAGUCAGAAUCCCAGGAGGCAGAAUCCCAGGAGGCAGAAUCCCAGGAGGCAGAAUCCCAGGCGGCAGAAUCCCAGGCGGCAGAAUCCCAGGCGGCAGAAUCCCAGGCGGCAGAAUCCCAGGCGGCAGAAUCCCAGGAGGCAGAAUCCCAGGAGGCAGAAUCCCAGGAGGCAGAAUCCCAGGAGGCAGAAGGACAGGAGGCAGAAGGACAGAAGGUGGAGAGCAAGGAGCCAGCUCCCGCAGCCGAGCCAGAGCCUGAGAAGGAGGAGAGUCUGAUCGAGAUAUGAUGAGAUCAGAGUGCGGGUGCGUGGGUGUGUGCGUGCGUACAUGCAUGUGUGGGACAAAGGAUCAAGGAGCUGCUCAAGUGAAUACAAUGGCUUCUGCCUCAAUCAUUAUAGCCAUUUUAAAUGAGAUAUUGGUUUUUGCCUUAUACACAACCAUAUAGACAAUGUUUAGGUCUGCCCUUGACAACGUGGAUACAUUCUGAAAGAAGAGAACCUCCAUCAUCUCCUCACCUUGAUCUUCAGGUCUAAAUAUCAAAUCACACAACAGGAGACUCAAGUUGACUUUAGCUUCCAUACAGAUGUGCUCUAUCUUAAUUUGAUCUGUGUCUCACAGCAGGACAAUAAUCAUGCAGCAACAGGAAAUGUGAAUUAUUAUGUGUAUUAUAAUUAAUGGAUAUUUUUGUAGAAAAGUGACACACUUUUCAUUAGGGAAAAUCAAGUCUAAAAUGUUUAGUGGAAAUUACAAACUUUAGAAGCCUUUGAAAAAAAUUGAAUUCAUUACAAGUUUGCAUUUCCUGCUGCGCAGGAACAACAGAGUGAUCAAAUUAAGAGAGUACAUCUGUAUGGCUUCUAUUGUAAGUCAUAUUGCUCAGUGAAGAAGACCUACCACCGUCAACUCAUGUCGGACUGGUUCAUACUUCAGACUUUGAAUAUCAUACAGGGGAUCCACACAAGAUCACUUCAGCUUUUUUUAUUUACUUCUAUGAGAACUAGCGCUGUGAGUCCUGCUUCCUCUUUCUGCAAAGUUGGCCAAAGCUACAGAGAUAAAGAGGAUAUCGUCCUCCUCUAGUUUGAAAGGGCAUAAUAGGCUGUAUAAUUAAACUGUAAUGGAUCCGGAUAAGGAGUCUCUGCCUGCAUCCCAAAUGGCACAUUAUUCCCUAUGUAGUGCACUACUUUUGACCAGGGCCCAUAGUCUGGUCAAAAAAUGAAUGCACUAUGUAGGGAAUAGGGUGUUAUUUAGGACACAGUCCAUGUAUCCUGUCUGGACGGUGUUCAUUUUCAUAUUUAACAGAUUUGCUUCUGCCACAGUUCAGAUUGACAAUCAGCUGUUCAUUGGUUUUGUUAAUCGAAUUUAGCAUGACAAUAUCCUUGCCAAUAAUUAUGUCACUGGGUUUAUUUGCUCAAGAAAGACUCUGCGACUCUCUGUACUGUAAAUCCAUUUUUGCUGUGCUGGUUUGUAUACUCUUGUAGCUGUGCUGUGGCCACAUUACAUUGGUGUCCUGUAAGAACCUUUGAAGUCUCAUUCUAGAGGGGUUCUGCUACAAUGCCAUUCAUUUUAAGUUCAAAUCCAAGUCUACCAGGCACUGAUGGUGUACAGCAAUAUUAUACUGUAAUUACAUUAUAUAGCAUUAUGGCUUUGAUACUUUUUUUCAGAUUGAUGAGUUGAUUGUUUUGUUUUUAAAAGGUGAAAUGUGAAAUGGUUUAUGUGGAUGUAUCAAGAGAUGAAACCCAGUAAAACAUUGUUUUUUAAAUAA